CACCAAACCCACAGGACCCACAAUCCACAUACAGCCAGAAAAACUCAACUCACCUAACACUUGAACAACGACAAAACCCACAAUUCCGAAGCCCCUCUUUUUAACUACUUUGCUUCCCUUAACAAGAGCCAAAAUAUCUCCCAUCUUUCUUCUCUUUCCCUGUUCGUAAUGGAGGCCCAGUUAUUAAGACUUCCUUCUACUGCCAUAACAACCCCUGUUACUACUAACUCUUCAAGAAACUGUUCCUUUUUGUCCAGUCAAAGAUGGCACCUCCAUUUGUGUAAGUUUCAAUUACCAAACUCAGGUAGCACUAAGUAUGGCAUUCGUCCCCUUCAAGCUUCUGCAACUUCUCUUGGGGAAAAAAAGAGAAUUGAUGAGACGGAAAGUUGCACUCUUGAUGGUAUAAGGACCUCUUUAAUUCGACAAGAAGAUAGCAUAAUAUUCGGCCUUGUGGAGAGAGCUCAGUACUGUUACAAUGCGGAGACAUAUGAUCCUGGUGCUUUUGUGAUGGAUGGGUUCCAUGGCUCUCUGGUUGAUUAUAUUGUCAAAGAAACUGAAAAGCUUCAUGCAAAGGUUGGAAGAUAUACAAGCCCCGAUGAGCACCCGUUCUUCCCAAAUGAAUUACCUGAGCCAAUGUUGCCACCCAUGCAGUACCCAAAGGUUCUGCACUCAGUUGCUGAUUCAAUAAAUAUCAAUGUCACAAUAUGGGAAAUGUACUUCAAGAAACUUCUACCAAGAUUAGUAAAGCAAGGCGAUGAUGGUAAUUUUGGAUCUACAGCAGUUUGUGAUACCAUUUGCUUGCAGGCCUUGUCAAAGCGAAUUCAUUACGGGAAAUUUGUUGCUGAAGCAAAAUUUCGAGCCUCACCAGAUGUCUAUAAGGCUGCUAUAAAAGCACAGGACAGAAAUGGACUGAUGGAUUUGCUCACCUACCCUACUGUUGAAGAGGCUAUCAAAAGGAGAGUAGAAAUGAAAACCAAAACUUACGGACAAGAAUUGCAUAUCAAUGGACCGGAAAAUGGAGGUGAACCAGUGUACAAAAUAAAACCAUGCCUAGUUGGUGAAUUAUAUGGGGACUGGAUCAUGCCAUUGACAAAGGAAGUUCAAGUUGAGUAUCUCCUGAGAAGACUGGAUUAGGAAAAAAACAUCUGAUGGAUGUCAUGCAACUUAUACGAGCGUUGAAUUAUAUGCGCAAAUAUCAUAUCCUUCCACCAGAUGCCUAUAAAUAUGCGGUGGUUUUCAAGUGGGACUCGGUUUGUUACAGUAAUCUCUGGCAUUGUAAAUGAGCAUUGAGGUGGUAAAGAAGUAAACUGUGAUUCUUUGCCUAAGAGUAUGUCGAUAACCUGUUGUAAUUUAUGAUUUCUAGUCCUUGAGAAUGUAUAAGAGAGAUGUACUUUUGAGUAAUGAACACUAUAAGCUGGUCUCUUCCAAUGAAUUCCCAUGUUGUUUCUGUCA